CACAGUUCCUACCAGUCGUCACCACCCUGAUAGUUACUUUAAAUGGUGAAGAGAAACUAGGGAUAGCGUUUGAUAAGGGUUUGUAUAAAAUCAGAUAAUAAAAAAACAACAACAGCUUGUUAUUAGUUGUGCUUGUGAUCGAAAUACUCGUGGAUACUGCUGCAAUAUUUGCAUAUUGGUAAAAGAUUUGCUAAUGAUGCAGCCGAUGAGAUGCAGCACACGAGGAAUGAUUGCUGUAGUUGGAUCUCCCUGGUGUCCUGUUAACAACACAUGAAGCUAAGCACUAGCACUCCUGGUGUGUGUCCAUCCAACAGAGAGCUGGUAUAAAUCUAUCAUGGAGACAGACAGGCUAUCAAAACCCCCAAAAGACAAAGCAACUUCAGUGAAAGGACUGACACAGACCUGGCAGAAAUGGUCUGAAGAUCACAAGGAUUAUCAGAAACACAAUCCAUUCACAAGUGAUGAGGUGAUGGCCUUUCGUCCCGAGUGGGGUCAGGAGGACUAUGGCCGACCUCCGGAGGGAUCUCACACUGACCGCAGAGGGAAGGAAGCUCACUCCCACAUUGGCAGGGAGGUGACAGAGCUGUGCCAGAUUAUUAGAGAAAUUGGGCACAGGCGAGAAGACGGGAGACGGGAAAUUGAGUUUGGCACGCUGUUUGAACAUUAUGUCUCAAUUUCGAACAAGCUGGUGGGAGUGCUGCUCCGGGCACGGAAACAAGGGCUUGUGCAAUUUGAGGGAGAGAUGCUAUGGCAAGGGAAAGAUGAUCGAGUGCUUAUCUCACUGCUUCCAUAAGUAAUUAUUAAAAUACAAAUGAAUGCUAAAUAUUAAUUGUGUGGUUUUCUUUAAUUGCAUAGGGUGCAUUUGGAUAAGGCCAGUAUCCUUGGCUUUUCUCUGACUGAGUUCACAGUUGCACCAAAGCUUAAAUUCUGGCUUGCUUGAGUGGACUUGACUCAGUGACACAUGCAUUAAGGGAGCAGUGUGUAAUCUUUAGAGCCUUUCGCAGUCUGCUCCGGAAAUUGCAACUGCAAUGAAAACAUUUACACGAUUACCCAUACCUCCCAGCUGCCUCUAACCUCUGUGCUGAAACUGUUUAUGCCUUGUCAGUUUCUGUUUAGGAUAAAAUGGACAGUAUUGCUUUUGCUCGGUUUGGAGCAUAUUUUCAUAGUAUCCAAGAUGUCUUAAGUAAUCUACACAUGAAUAUUUGCCAAGACUAAAAAUGACAAAAUUUCUCCGUAGAAGAUACCAGUGUAUGUUUUUAUUUUUUAGACUACAAUCUAAGUUUGCAUGAUUAUCAUAUUAUAUGGUUUAUUAAUUUAGACAUUUUGGAACAAACAGGCAAGCUUGAAGCAUACACACCAGUAAUAGACUUCAUUAUUUUCUAUACCUGCAUGGGUAGCAUCAACAUGCAUAUUAAAACACAGAAAUGAUAUCUUUAUAUUUAUGGAUACUACUAUUAUUAUUAUAUGCUUAUUUGUAGCACCUGGGUGUUUUUUAGAUCAUAGAAACUGGAAAUUUAAAUCACGGCAGUUCAUGAUCAUCUGUGUAAAUAUGUAGGCUUGAAGCUGGCUUUACUUCA